AUGAUAGUUCCAAUGUGGCCAACCCAGAGUUGGUAUCCCAAACUUCUUCGCAUGUUAGUGGCUGCUCCAAGAGUGUUACCACAACAACGAACUGCCUUACAAAUGCCGGGGAUGCCACAAGAAGUCCACCCCCUAUUCAGGAAAAUGGUUCUGAUUGCAUGCAGAUUGUCCGGCAGUCCUAUGAGACACAAGGAAUUUCUCAAAAGGCAACCUCCAUCAUCUUACAGUCCUGGAGGAAAGGAACUACAAAGCAGUAUUCAUCUUACAUCAAAAGAUGGACUACAUAUUGUCAUAAAAAACAGAUUGAUCCAGUUUCUGCCACUGUCCCCCAGGCACUAGAUUUUUAGUGGAGCUAUUUGAGUCAGGCAUCGGUUACAGUGGUAUUAACACUGCAAGGUCUGCUCUAUCCAGUGUCUUAAAGUCUAAGCCAGGGUCGAAACCCACUGUUGUUAAGUUUGAAGCUUACCCGGACAACCCUAACAUUUGUUUUGUCACUACCUUGAAGGCAUAUCUUAAUCGUACCUCUUCUCUACGUGGAGGUGCACAACAAUUGUUUAUUAGUCAUUACAAGCCAUUUAAACCAGUUUCCGGGGACACCAUCAGUAGAUGGGUCAAAGCUGUAAUGCAAAAGUCAGGAAUUGAUGUAAACCUUUUCAAGCCCCACAGUACUAGGGCUGCCGCAACAUCUAAGGCUUUGUUGAAAUCUGUACCAUUAGAGCACAUCUUAUCAGUUGCAGGAUGGAGCUCAUCUGACACUUUUGCAAAGUUUUAUAGCAAGCCUGUUAUCAACACAGAUAGCUUUUCUAACGUUUUGUUACAAGAGUAA